UGCUGAGUAAAAGUGUCUGUUCUGUCAUCUGUGUGAUGUAGCUGCAGAGCCAGAGGAGAAUCAGAAAUGUAAUUGAUCGAUUUCCUCUUGUUUGGAUUUGUUAAAUUUUGUUACGUUUUCUAAUUAUUUACAGUUUUAAAUCAUUGUGUAUAUCAAAGAUACAAUCGAGAAUCGUAUCUUAUUUUAGCGAUAGUAUUUCUUUGUGCAUCGUUAUACCUAUCACGUAUUAAAAACUGGUUUGAAACUCGAGUACGAUAACGUUAUUAUAAUAAUAGAAAGUGGGUGUUUUGUUAAAUAUUUCAUUAUACUAAACUUAAAAGUGAUUCACUGACAUUAUUUUUUUCUAAUUGUAAACAAAAAUAAAAGCCACGAAUUGGCUUAUUUUGAUUUCGUAUAGACGCCAUGUUGUUAUUUAUCUUUUGAAAUAAUAUUUUGUUAUGGGUUUAUUGUGUUGUGAAGAAAUUAGUGCCUGAGCAUGCUUGAAGAUGUUCCGAUACACGGCAGCAGACAAAAUGCGAGGAGCAAAACGCUUACGCAUCAAAGAAAUCUUAGCCUCGACUUUCGACAUGUGACGGGCGCAAGCGGGCCGCCGGCGGGAUGCGGCCACCAGAGGAACAGGUCACUCGACUCUGUCCUCCAGAGGAUACCGGAGGACAUGACGCCGACCUCGCCGGAUGGCGCCCCCCUCCGCCUGCCAGAGGUUCCUCGGCUGGCGCUCCCUCCGGACCUCCCUGCCGGGUCCGAUGACUCCGGCAUCCACACCCCUCCAGACAACUAUGACGAAGACAGACCGACUCCCGCCGCCGCACGAUCCAGAGAAAGCCUCGACUCAGGCAAUCCAGAAGACACAGAAAAACCCCCAGACCCGCCUGAUGUUGCCCAGGAAAUUUCUGAUACCCCAACAGAUACCAGCAUACAUAAAGACCAGUCCUUGCGGUUGUUCGAAAGCGAAUAUUUCGACAUGAGCAUGGCCAUAUCAUACUUAUUCACCUCGAAGCCGGGCGUGCAAAGCUACCUAGCGAACAAAAUGUUUACUUUCCCGCACGAGGACGUGGACUUUUAUCUGCCGCAAUUAGCGACCAUGUUCAUAGAAAUGGAUGAUUUAGCGGAAGUGUUGCGCCCUUAUCUGGUAUUUCGGUGUAAGCAAAGUGCCGAUUUCUCGCUACGUCUCGCUUGGAUGCUGACGGCGUUCGGUGGCGAUGCGAAACGGUCGAGAGCGAAAAAGUUCAGGGAUUCGAUCUUGGCCGAAGAGAUCAGACCUGCGGCCAGGAGGGGGCACCACCGCUCCCAGUCGGAUGCUUCCGCGUUGAGGCUUGUAGCACCUUCUAGUAGGCAUCUGGGGGACCUGGCCUCGGGCAGGGCCUUCGACAACGGGUGCGUGUGUGGGGAACAGUGUUCAUGUGGUGCGCCCAGAGUGGCUCCACAGACCAAGUUCCUCAAUGCCAUCACGAGCAUCGGGCGGCGGCUGACUAGCGUGCCUGACAAGGAGCGGCGCAUCGAACUGCUGCGGGCCGAGUUGGCAGCGCUGGACCUCAACCUGCCGGCGCGAGUGUGGCUGCCGCUGCACAGGAAGCCACACCACGUAUUGAGGAUCUUGCCGCACGCCGCCGCCCUGCUCAACAGCAAGGACAAGGCGCCGUUCAUCAUGUACGUGGAGGUGCUGGAGACAGAGCACCGCGAGCCGCUGCCGCCGCGGCUGCUGCCGCCCGCGCCGCUCGCGCCGCACCUGCCGCCCGUGCGGCUCGCGCGCAGCGAGGAGAACCUGGCGCCCGCGUGGCCCGCGCCCUACCUGGCCGACCUGGCCGCCGACUGCUGGAGCCACGACGACGACGACUUCACGGCGCGCCCCACGCCGCCCGACUGCGUCUCGCAGGUGUCGGCUUCGGGAGUGUCGCUGUCGUCGGCGGUGUCAGCGGUGUCGGGCCAGUCGUUGUCGGCGGGGUCGGGCUCCCCCGAGUCCGUGGCGGUGGUGGCGGGCGAGGUGCGGCGCCGCCUGGCCGACGCCACGGCGCCCAACGCCUUCCGCCACGACCCCGCUGACCCGUCCGCCACCGCGCUCAAGGAGUCGUGGGAGAGCAAGAUGUCCCGGAUGCGGUCGUCGUCCCCGUACGGCUCGCUGAGCGGCUGGCGGCUGCUGGGGUGCAUCGUGAAGGUGGGCGACGACCUGCGCCACGAGAUGUUGGCGGCGCAGCUGCUGCGGCGGCUGCAGGCCGUGUGGACCCUGGAGCGGGUGCCGCUGCGGCUGGAGCCCUACGAGAUACUGUGUCUGGACCGGGACUGCGGCCUCAUCCAGCCGGUGCUGAACACCGUAUCGCUGCACCAGAUCAAGAAGCAGUCGGGCGCGUCCCUGCGCGCGUGGCUCUCGCUGGAGCACGGGCCGCCCACCAGCGAGCCGUUCCUGCGCGCGCAGAGGAACUUCGUGGAGUCAGCGGCCGCCUACGCGCUCGUCAGCUACCUGCUGCAGCUCAAGGACAGACACAACGGAAACAUUUUAUUGGACAGCGAAGGCCACAUAAUUCAUAUCGACUUUGGUUUUAUAUUUUCCAUAUCACCGAAGAAUUUAGGAUUUGAAAGUUCACCAUUUAAACUGACGCAAGAGUUCGUGGACGUGAUGGACGGCGUCGAGUCAGACAUGUUCGCGUACUUCAAGAUACUGAUACUGCGAGGACUGAUCGCGGCCCGCAAGCACUGCGACCAGAUACUGCAUCUGGUGGAAGUCAUGCGCUUGGGAGGCAGUCUGUCGUGCAUCCGCAGCAGCAGCGCUGUGUCGUCGUUCCGCGCGCGCUUCCACGUGGCGCGCACCGAGCAGCAGCUGACCGCGCUCGUCGACCGGCUCGUGGCGGACGCGCUGCACUCGCUCACCACGCGCCUCUACGACAACUACCAGUACUACACCAACGGCAUUCUGUAACGCGCGCUUCCACGUGGCGCGCACCGAGCAGCAGCUGACCGCGCUCGUCGACCGGCUCGUGGCGGACGCGCUGCACUCGCUCACCACGCGCCUCUACGACAACUACCAGUACUACACCAACGGCAUUCUGUAACGCGCGCUUCCACGUGGCGCGCACCGAGCAGCAGCUGACCGCGCUCGUCGACCGGCUCGUGGCGGACGCGCUGCACUCGCUCACCACGCGCCUCUACGACAACUACCAGUACUACACCAACGGCAUUCUGUAACGCGCGCUUCCACGUGGCGCGCACCGAGCAGCAGCUGACCGCGCUCGUCGACCGGCUCGUGGCGGACGCGCUGCACUCGCUCACCACGCGCCUCUACGACAACUACCAGUACUACACCAACGGCAUUCUGUAACGCGCGCUUCCACGUGGCGCGCACCGAGCAGCAGCUGACCGCGCUCGUCGACCGGCUCGUGGCGGACGCGCUGCACUCGCUCACCACGCGCCUCUACGACAACUACCAGUACUACACCAACGGCAUUCUGUAACGCGCGCUUCCACGUGGCGCGCACCGAGCAGCAGCUGACCGCGCUCGUCGACCGGCUCGUGGCGGACGCGCUGCACUCGCUCACCACGCGCCUCUACGACAACUACCAGUACUACACCAACGGCAUUCUGUAACGCGCGCUUCCACGUGGCGCGCACCGAGCAGCAGCUGACCGCGCUCGUCGACCGGCUCGUGGCGGACGCGCUGCACUCGCUCACCACGCGCCUCUACGACAACUACCAGUACUACACCAACGGCAUUCUGUAACGCGCGCUUCCACGUGGCGCGCACCGAGCAGCAGCUGACCGCGCUCGUCGACCGGCUCGUGGCGGACGCGCUGCACUCGCUCACCACGCGCCUCUACGACAACUACCAGUACUACACCAACGGCAUUCUGUAACGCGCGCUUCCACGUGGCGCGCACCGAGCAGCAGCUGACCGCGCUCGUCGACCGGCUCGUGGCGGACGCGCUGCACUCGCUCACCACGCGCCUCUACGACAACUACCAGUACUACACCAACGGCAUUCUGUAACGCGCGCUUCCACGUGGCGCGCACCGAGCAGCAGCUGACCGCGCUCGUCGACCGGCUCGUGGCGGACGCGCUGCACUCGCUCACCACGCGCCUCUACGACAACUACCAGUACUACACCAACGGCAUUCUGUAACGCGCGCUUCCACGUGGCGCGCACCGAGCAGCAGCUGACCGCGCUCGUCGACCGGCUCGUGGCGGACGCGCUGCACUCGCUCACCACGCGCCUCUACGACAACUACCAGUACUACACCAACGGCAUUCUGUAACGCGCGCUUCCACGUGGCGCGCACCGAGCAGCAGCUGACCGCGCUCGUCGACCGGCUCGUGGCGGACGCGCUGCACUCGCUCACCACGCGCCUCUACGACAACUACCAGUACUACACCAACGGCAUUCUGUAACGCGCGCUUCCACGUGGCGCGCACCGAGCAGCAGCUGACCGCGCUCGUCGACCGGCUCGUGGCGGACGCGCUGCACUCGCUCACCACGCGCCUCUACGACAACUACCAGUACUACACCAACGGCAUUCUGUAACGCGCGCUUCCACGUGGCGCGCACCGAGCAGCAGCUGACCGCGCUCGUCGACCGGCUCGUGGCGGACGCGCUGCACUCGCUCACCACGCGCCUCUACGACAACUACCAGUACUACACCAACGGCAUUCUGUAACGCGCGCUUCCACGUGGCGCGCACCGAGCAGCAGCUGACCGCGCUCGUCGACCGGCUCGUGGCGGACGCGCUGCACUCGCUCACCACGCGCCUCUACGACAACUACCAGUACUACACCAACGGCAUUCUGUAACGCGCGCUUCCACGUGGCGCGCACCGAGCAGCAGCUGACCGCGCUCGUCGACCGGCUCGUGGCGGACGCGCUGCACUCGCUCACCACGCGCCUCUACGACAACUACCAGUACUACACCAACGGCAUUCUGUAACGCGCGCUUCCACGUGGCGCGCACCGAGCAGCAGCUGACCGCGAUGAUGAUUUUGUACCGCUCGUCAGAUCGUAUAUUUGGCCUGUAUUGUGUAUUACAUUGAUUCAACGAACAUUAAUUGCUGUGUUUAAAUUUGAAAAUUUAAUUAAAUUUAAAAAGUAUUUCAUCAUUGCUGAUGAUAAUUUGAACAUUAUUUAACAUUAAUAAUUAGUUGCUUAGCUUUAACCAUUAAAAUUCUGAAUAGCACACUGUCUCACUUAUGGUAUCGAUAAAUAAUUCAAAUUUUUAUUUUAUUGAGUGUCAUCACAGUUAAAUGAAUCUAAAAAUGACUCAAAACCAUAUAUUGCAAUAAAUUUUGAUAUUUUUAAGAAUCUGUAUUAUUUCGAUACGUAAAUGUGAUUUAUUUAACAUCUUACCAUAGAAAAUCUUUUAACUUUUAGUGCCAUAACAUCUCACAAUGUACUGUAGAUAUACAUACAUCAAAAUAGCAUUACAUGCCUCGUGUAUAUGCUCAAUAUAGACACGGUAAUAAUAUAUCCUAUUUGGCCCGUCCAAUGUAGUAUCUUAUACCUUGGUUUGGUAGUCAAAGUAACUUGCGAGUUAUUCAGGCACAAGUGCUAUUCUUCGAAAUAAUUUGUAUUUAAGGUUCUAUUAUAUGAAUUCUAUACAAAAAUGCACAUAAUAUUAUUCUCGCUCGACUAGCUUUGAGUGUGUGUGUUUCGUUAAAUUUUACAUAAAUCUUGUCAAACUAUAGCUUAAUAUUACGUUUUAUUAGAUAGUUGUUAAUUUGAAAAACAUGUACUAUAGAUAGAAUCUUAUAAACAAUUUUAUUAGAUUAGUCAACAAAUUUUUUCAUAUAUCUAGUAAUGUUGUAACACCAUUCAAUAUUAUAAUAAUUAUUGUGUAAAUAUAAUAAUGUUCGCAUUGAGAAGACUGAUUGUUUCAUGCGUGACGUGGUUCUAGGUUUAUUUGGGGGGGAUUUUCGACUAAUUUUAAGUAUUGUAAUGUGCGAAAUUGUUUCGUAUCAAAGAAGAAGGUAGUAAGUUACGAAAUUAUCUUUUCCUAUUAUCGUGCGCAAAGUUCGAUUUUGCGCAUGCAUUUGCG